AGAGCUUGGCACAAGCAGCAGCCCUGCCUCACCCUGACCUGGGGGUUAAUCCUUCACCACUUCAGCCAUCACAGAAAUAAUUGCUUUGUGAGCCCUUUGAAGGGUAACAGCCAAGGCCUCUGGGCUCCCUUCACCACUGUUAAGAACUGCUUCUCUCAGGCUGAAGCUCUGUUAAUGAUUGCCUGUCCUGCCUAGAGGGCUCCUACAACACCAGGAAGACUUGAGGUGGUGCUGCUCACCUCUUUUUAAAUACUGCUUCAAGCAGCCUGGAAGGAGAAAAUGCUGACACCCUUUUUCCAAUGAUUUUGUUUUUUCCUAACUCAGCUCCAGCCAGCUGUGCCCUAAGCCUUGGUUUUUACCCCUCACAUCAGUGUGACAGGUACAACAUAACACAUGCAGCCUGAUGGGAACCAGAUUCAGCAGCAGAAGUGCUCAGCAAAACAGCAUUUGGAGCCAUCCAAAUUCACAGAAUAUUCCAAGCUGGGAGGGAUUGGGGUGUGUAGAGGGAAGAUCAAGGUUUCCUGCGGCCUUUACAGCAGAGCUUUUGGAUUGAGAGACUGGGUUACUGAUCUUGCAACUCCAAACUUGAGAGUACUCAUGUGGUAAGUAAGAACUGCAGUAUUUUCUGCCUCACAAAGUUCACCAGAGGCUGCAGUCCACCAAAGAGUGACUCAGCUGUCUAAAGUCUCCAAGCACGUGGAAUACCUCAAAUCUGAUCUGCCCAUUCAGCCCCCCUGCUCUGUGCAAAAUAAAGGCCUUCAAAAAAGCAAGAGUCUCAACACGAUCUUCAAUUUAUCUUCCCAAUCAUUUUCUCACUGCAGAUACUUAAAUCAGUUAAAGGAAGAGGACAGCCUUUGUAGACAAGCUCAGACCUCAGGAACUUUCUACCUCUUUCACAAUCUCUCCCCCUUCCUGCAGAAAGUUGGGAAGAAAUAUUUGGUACCACAGCUCAGUGCAGCAGCUUUCUCUUCCCCUUUCCUGCUGCUCAGAGACGAGGCAGGUUCUGGAGAAGCUGCAGGAGGCCGAGCAGUGGAUGGAGAAGUCGGUGCUGAUCGGGUGUUCGGAUGAGCACAGGGCGUGCUUCGCGCUGGAUUUAGGAGCCUUGGAUAAAUCAGUCAUUGAGUCAGAGCUGCAGGGAUCAUUUACUGACCUACGAAAGGCUCUCUUUGUAGUGGAUGGGAAGGAUUCUCCUCUGCUGGCUUCGGCCCAGUCCCUCCUGCGCUGGCACGAUUCCCACCAGUACUGCAGCAAAUCUGGGCAGCCCACGGAGAAGAACCCAGCUGGCAGCAAACGUGUCUGCCACGCCAGUGGAGUCACUUACUACCCUCAGGUGUCUCCAGUGGUCAUCACGCUGGUGUCCGACGGGAGCCGCUGCCUCCUGGCCCGCCAGCCCUCCUUUCCCCCGGGGAUGUUCACGGCUCUGUCAGGCUUCUGUGACAUGGGUGAGAACGUGGAGGAGGCAGUGCGGCGAGAAGUGGCCGAAGAGGUGGGGCUGGAGGUGGAGUCGCUCCGCUACUCGGCUUCCCAGCACUGGCCCUUCCCCAGCAGCUCCUUAAUGAUUGCCUGCCACGCCCUGGUGGGAGCCCAGCGGGCUGAGAUCAGUGUGGAUACCCUGGAGCUGGAGGAAGCCCGUUGGUUUGGCCUGGAGGAAGUUGUGGAGGGUCUCAAGAGGGAGCCCAGCUCUUCCAAGCAACAUGAUGGUAGUUUUUUACCCUGGUUCCCUCCCAAACAGGCCAUUGCUCACCAGCUGAUCUGUGAGUGGCUUCAGCAGCAGACUGCCCAGACAGCUUAGGCAGGGCUUCAUCCACUCUGUGAUCCCACCAGAACUGUCAAAGUUCCACAGAAAAGCUUCCAAAGCCCAUGGAGGCAAGGGCUCUGUCACAGUGAGGACAGCACCACACUGAUGGCACUCAGACACACUAACCUACAAAGGUCUCUGAACUGGUCUGACAGGCCCAUGGACACUGGAUCACCUCUGAGAUGCCAUGGUUUGAAGUAAAUGUACAAUAAAAUUCUAGUUCCAAAGCAUCAAACUUGUUGUGACCAGCUGUCACUGACCCCAUGGCACCAAUGCUGCAUUUUCCUCCAUUUCUUCUGUCUUGGGUGGACACUGAAUGCACCCUUUUUUCCCAGAACAAAAAUAAAGAGAAAGUGGCACUGUC